AGUGGACUCUUAUGUCUUCGUGAGUGUUAUUAUUCUUCUGGAUGUCAUCGAGUGAUAGUCAUUCAUUGACUUAUGAGUCAAUCCUCGAGUCGUUUGUGUCCACACUAUUGCCCCCAAAGAAGGCAUUCAAAUGCUAUUACAAUGAAUGUGACAAAUGUUUCACAACUCAAAGCCGAUUGAAUGAACACAAACGCCGCAGACAUGCCGUACAAGACAUCACUCUUCGGGAACCGAUUGAGAGCUCAACCGAUGCCAGAGACCAGUCGACGACAGCCACAGAUGACGGCCAACAACAGCCAAAUGCCAUUCCAGUGGCCAACACUUCAAACACUUCCAGUCCCGACAGCCAAUCGCUGGACAAUAUCGAUACAAAUGGCACCGAAUUAGUGGACACAAUACCGACGGUAAACACCGGCCAAACACUGCCACCGAUACGGAGUGAUCAGCAAUUGGCCACAACUUCACUCGUGGACAGCAAUCCGUGCCUUAAUAGUAUUAAUACAAAUACUGGUCACACGUCGGCCACCGCUAACCCCCUCCAGACUAGCGGCCAAACUGUCGUUGAUUUGCCGACAACUCAUGUGUGCCGUAUCGGCGGCUGUGGUCUCGAGUUUUACAUUGAAUACACACUAAUCGCACACCAGAGGGCUGUCCACAAGACAACGGCUCAAGACAUUCACUUUGGGUACCAAAAGAGUGGUGUCAGCAGUGAUACACCCAUAGAGACCACGACUGUCCUACCGGUGCAGACAAUCACUGCCACCACUCAUCCAAACAACAGUGAUAUGGACUCUGAUCUCGAAGCGAUACCGGCCGGCCCGACCCCUACCGUCCAAUCGGUCUACACGUGUAAGAAAUGCGACAAAACAUUUGAUACCAAACCGGACCUCAAGACUCAUCGGAGAACCGUUCACUCAAAGACCACGACUGCGACCGCAUUGGCUCACAAACCGCACGCCUGUCUAUCCCACGGCUGCGGCCAAUCGUUCGCUACUAUAGCGGAGCUGAAGAGACACCGACUGGCCGUACAUUCGGCCAAAGGUCGACAGUAUCGGUGCGACGGCUGCGACAAAAAGUAUUACACCAGACAUAUGCUCGAUAAGCAUCGCCUGAAGCACUCGGUGUCAGCUCAGGUCACUCUACGGCCGACCAUUGAAUGUGAAGUCAACUCAAACAACAGUGAUUCUGACUCUGAUCUCGAAGUUAUAGAUGUGUUGCCGGCGCCCAAACACACCGCCCAUACAGUGCCGGUGCGGCCAAUCACUGGCCGUACAUCCAAACGCUUACUAAUUGAUAUCACAAAUACAAGUAAAUAUUUUGGUUAUGAAACCAGUGGUCACACCAAUAGUUACUUAUGCGAUGUCGAGGGUUGCGGCGGUGUAUUUGUCUGGAAAUAUGAACUCGAUCUGCAUCAUGCGAUUGCUCACAAAGUGGCUGUCCGUCGGGCGCAUCCGUGCGGUCAAUGCGAGCAAUCGUUUGAUAGCGUAGACCAAUGGGCGGACCAUAAGCUCGACCGGCAUCGGGUGCCCGUCCACUCGCACCCGACCUAUGCGUGCGAUCAGUGCGACCACAAGCCGUUUAAGAGGAGGCGCCGACUGAUUGGCCAUCAAUACGCUGUCCACUCGCAGCCGAUGCCCAACCCGUUUACGUGUAGUCAAUGCGACCGACAGUUUGUCACCCAUAAGAAGCGGAUCAGGCAUCAGAUGUCUGUCCACUCGUUAUCGGCAACUAUUUCUCCGUAUUUUGCGGUUUAA